GGGCUGGGAGGGGGCAGGCCGCAGUUCGUAGGAUUUGUGAACAUUGGAAUCACGUUUCGGGGUUUAUUUUUUUUCUCUCUCGCUUACGUAUUCCAUGCUACAAUUCGUAUAGGUUAUGUUUCGAACGAUUACCUCCUAGGUUAUGUUGAACCAAAGAAAGACUAUCUAAACAGAUAAUUACAGAGUGAUAUGAAUAAUCGACUGCCCCUUUUUCACGGAGCCGAUGAAGCGGCAAGAUUGUGACGGAACCCCUUUAUUCUUGAAGCAUUUGAACGUUAAGAAUUAUGCAUCUGAGUGACGAGACGAGUGUAACGAUCGAGGAGAGGAACGACAGAAAGAGCGUACGCAAGCAGAGACGUGCCCAUCACAGAUUGCUCCGAGACAUGAACAUCAAGUGUACCGAGCAGCCUACGCAGCACCUGAUGAUAUGCAACGGUGGUCUGGUCACCGGGAUCAAGAGAGAGACGUUGCAGUGCGUGCUGGACGCCCUGAUCUCCAAGUAUACGCUGACAAUGCCGGCGGGCAAGUCGUACUGUUUCGUGACGUGCAACUCGAGGGAGGACGCAACGUGCGUGUACAAUUACAUUCACGGACGCAUUAAGCUCCCGGGCCAGAACGGCCCGUUAUAUGUAUGCUACACCGAAGCAGUAUCCACUAUGGAUUGCGUUGCGUCCGACUCUGCAUUUCCCCCUGGUCUUACGUUAAUAGAGAAUUUCAUAACGGAAGAGCAAGAGGGGACUCUGUUGGGUGCGCUCGAUUGGGAUGAUUGUGAAUCCGUCUCGUCGCAACUGAAACACAGACAAGUAAAACAUUUUGGAUAUGAGUUUGAAUAUGGCACGAAUAUAGUGGAUCCCAACAAGCCAAUCGCGCCGAUUCCCCAGGACUACAAAUUUCUGCAGGCUCUGUUUGACAAGCACGGUCACAAAUACGCUUACGAUCAGUUGACCAUCAACAAGUAUCUGUCUGGACAAGGUAUACCAUCGCACAUCGACACGCAUAGCGUCUUCGAGGACACUAUAUUAUCUCUGUCACUGGGAUCCGCGUGCGUUAUGAUUUUCAAGAAGGAAGAUCGGAAGAUCGAUGUCCUCCUACCAGCAAGAUCUUUGUUGAUCAUGACUGGAGAAGCGAGGUACGCGUGGACGCACGGCAUCGGUCCCCGUCACAGUGAUGUAAUCGAGACGGAGAACGGGACUACGACGCGGGAACGUGGUACCAGGGUGUCCUUCACCUUCAGGAAAGUGCGACGAGGCGAGUGCCGCUGCGACUUCAAGGACUACUGUGAUACUGCGAAACGCGAUACUUUUAUCGACGCCAAGGCGGCGUCGGGAUUAGAAAGUUCGUAUGUACAUAAGGUUUACGAGGAGAUAUCUAAUCACUUUAGCGAGACGCGACAUAAACGAUGGCCCAAUGUGACUAAAUUCCUCGAAAAUUUGCAAGAAGGCACAUUGCUCUUGGACGUGGGUUGCGGGAAUGGCAAAUAUCUUUGCGGAAAUCGGAAUGUAUAUAAGUUGGGAUGCGAUCGCAGCUCCGGGCUAAUGGACAUAUGCCGCAAGCGUGGCUUCGAGGUUCUUCAGUGCGACUGCCUGUACCUGCCGUACAGAGACGAUUCCGUAGACGCGGCGGUCAGCAUUGCCGUUAUUCAUCAUCUGUCCACGCGGGAGCGAAGACGGCGCGCCAUUUCCGAGAUGGUUCGAGUGCUGAAACCGGGGGGGAGAUGCCUGAUCUACGUGUGGGCGAUGGAGCAACGCAAGGAUUCCGCGGACUCGCAAUAUCUGAGGUACGGCAAGAAGAGCAAGGAGUCCGGGACGGUCAACCAGAGCGGAGUCAAUCGCCAGACUCAAUUGCAGAGGAUCUCCGAGUAUCAUCUAACGUUACCGAUUCACGAAAACAGAACGAACUUCUCUCACAGCGACAUGCUGGUUCCCUGGAAGAAGAAGAGCGGCGAACAUUUCCUGAGGUAUUAUCACGUGUUUCGGGAGGGCGAGCUCGCGAAAUUGUGCACAGAAAUACCAUCGGCCUCGAUCAGGCAGAUGUACUACGAUCAGGGCAAUUGGUGCGUGAUUUUGGAGAAGUGUACAGAGAUCGUGGAAUAAAAAUCAGGCUGAUCUUAAUUAAGCUUCCAAA